AUGAGUGCAAAUCCGAUAGUCCCCUACGAAAUCGCUGAGACGAUCCGCCGCAAAAAGGCAAAAUACUGCCGAUACGCAGACACGAACCAGUGGCACCUGUUCGACCAGAUCGCGCUGCCGGACGCGACGUUCAAGUUCGUCGACAAGAAGAACGAGGUGGUCAGGCAGAACGGCGCCGCGCACGAGUGGGGGUCGCUGGCCGAGUUCCAGGAGCACUUCACCAAGACCAACGCGCACAUCGACGCCAUCCACAUGGUCAACGCCGGCGAGCUCGAGAUGGUCGCCGACGACGAGGUCAAGGCCAUCUUUGGCGUGCUGUUCCACGCCGGCGCGCUCGACUCCGAGGCCGGGUUGCACUCUACUGGGGCCGGGCACUACCACGAGGUGUGGAAGAAGGUUGGGGAUGAUUGGUUUUUGAAGAGUUUGUGGAUGCAGUUGAUUUAUUGGAAGGUUCAGGUCAUUUGA